UCCGUUUCUGUUUCCGAAACGCGCGCCAAAUUUUUGGAAUCCUGCGGAAUGACAGAACAGGCACUUCUGUCAAAGCCACGGGUCUUCAAACGCAAUAAAACCACAACACUGAAAGACUAUGGACCCGUGUGGACGAGACCACGUGACUUACAGGCCCGCGUGCUGUCGCCAACUCGACGCUCGAAUCCUCAACCGCUUGGCCUUCUGUACCAGAGCCCCCUAAGUAACACAAAGUCCUACGCCAUUUGGAAUCCGGACUUCAGGCAUACGCGACAUCGCUUCCCCGAACUUUUACAGCAUUUGGAUUUGACAAAUUUCUCGUGUGGAGUGCCAUCACAAUCGUCACCAUGGAACACCGAAAGAGCUGGCCCUCCAGAAAUCAAGUACAGCCUGCAGUCCACUUCAAGGUUUAGUUUCCAGGAUCCAACGGUCUACCCUGUGCGGCAGAAGACUGGACACAGAAAGCAACCCACUCGCUAUGAUUUCCGGCCGACAGUUGGCCCAGCAGUGGGAAUAGUACCCAACGUUCUUCCACAACUACCCGAUGCUGAUACAAGCAUUGUGAAUGCGAAACAAGGGGAAGAUCCGAGGUCUUCUAAGAAGCACACUGACAAGAAGCACGUGGCCUGGACCAACGCGGCGCUUCGGGAAAUUUGGCACUCAAGUGGACGACGGCCCGUCAGCCGAUUAUCACUAGAGUAGCCAAUACGCAUGCUUCAACCAGACAAGCCGCUGGACCUGUCGUCAUGUUCACAAAAGCGCAAGUCACCUAAGGGCCAAGAUGAGUUGAAGGCAGACGAUUCAUUUGAUGACUAACCUGGACUUAGAACAACAGGAAAUGGGUUCCUUUUUGUGUGAUCGACGGAUUGAAUAAAUUAAUAAAUGGUGGAAUUUCCUACAAUGCGGAAAAUCCAUGAAA